UAUCAAGCUCCUUGGUACAUAACAACCAAAUGCAAAUGCAAAACCUUCUUUAACGCUGAUCUUCUCUCUUUAUCCAUUUUUUGCCAGAACACCCAAUUUGAUGUCUCAUUCAAGUCUAGAAAGGAAGCUUCAACCUGCAAAAAAGGUGUGGAAACGCUUCAAGAAAGCACUUGAAUCAAAAUUCCAUAGCUUCAACUCCUCAAGAUCAGUCAAGAUCAUUAAAACCAAAGCUAACAGCUUUCUCUCUUACUGCUCUCUCCAUUUCUUUAAACUUUUCAAGAAACGUUCCAUUACAAGAUCUCCACCCUAUCGUAGCCACCUUAAUUUUUAUAGCAACAAGAACCAGCUUCAUAGGAAUUUAUUUUCACCUAUAUAUAUAGACCAGCUUUAUUCUGCAGAGGCUACAGAUUCAGCUGCAGAGCAGGCCAAGAAUUUGCAUUCACAUGCAGAAACGAGUAGUAGUAGUAGUAGUAGUAGAGGUAAACAAGUGGUUGACGAUGACAAGGUUCUUCCAAGAAGAGAAGGAAAGGCAAAGGAGAAGGUUUUGUAUAGUAUAGAAGAUGCAUGGAGAGAAGUUGUUGCUAAAUCUCCACAGUUGCGACCGGUGGAUGAGAGAGCUGAGGAAUUUAUAUCUAAGUUUCAUCAAGAAAUGAAGCUACAGAAGGAGAAAUCAGUUCAUGAAUUUGAGGAGAUGUUGGCUAGGAGUGCUUAAGAUUUGCAUUAAUACCUUUUUUUAUCACUAAUUUCUCUAAAUACCUGAUAUAUAUGGAAGUGUGAAUUAUUACCAAGAAAAAAGAUAUGACAUGGUGAUGAUUAUAAGCCUUGCUGAUUUUAGGGCCUUCCUUUCUUUUCUCUGUUUUUUGUAACUUAUGAAGUGAAGGCCAUAUGAUUUUUUUUUUUUUCUUUUAAAUCUUUUAACACAUAUAAAGAGUUGGUCCUUACUAUAAUGUAAAGAGCGUAUGAUAUUGUGUGAGAUUUGUUAUGUAUUAAUUUCUUGAUUAUCAUCUAAUGUAUGGGAUUUUGAUUGUGCAUUGCA